CAAAAACACUCAGCAGCCGUAAUUUCGACCUUAAAACGCAAAAUUCAGAUUUCUUUGUGGUGGCCCACGAGAGCAAUGUAUACUUUGACAUAUACUUCCUUUUAUUGUUAUUUUUUGAAUGAUCGGUUGUACAAUGUAUUAAUGUGGUGAUUAAGGAUACACAUUUAUUUUUAUUUACUAGAAAAUUUUUAUUAUUCGACGAUCGAGUAUAUUGGUUACUCCGAAUUCAGUGACUCGAAUCAUAACCUCAAAUUUUAGGAUUUUUAAUAAUUGUUUUCUCGCUCGUCGUUUAUGCAAGAUUUUACGAAAAUCUUAUAUGGUUAUUCAAAAACCGUUAAUAAUUAUUUUUCCAAGGUUAAUUGCUGGUAUGAAGUGUAGGACUUUUUUCGUAUCACAUGGCGGACACGUACCUUCCAAAGCACUUUUCAUCAGGUGCUGACUGUGAUGUUGAGGCUGAAGAAGAGCUGAAUUAUAAAUUAAUUAAAUUACUUUCAACGCUAAAAACCCCAUCGCAAUCAAUUCCAAUUGACUAUCAGAAAACGCAUUCAUUGUCUGGUACUAAUUCUGAUAACGAUACCGAAUCACUUUUGGAUUCGGCGAGUUUACCUGGUUCAUUGGAUCAAAGACGGCAUCCAUAUGAUUACUCAUACAUUCAUCAUGGUAGUCCAAUUACCUCGAAACAUUUACCAAACUUUUUACCGCCUAUCGGCGUCUUCUGGGACAUUGAAAACUGUCAGGUCCCUAAAGGACGAUCCGCCAUAGCAGUUACUCAAAAAAUAAGAGAUAAAUUUUUUAACGGUUAUAAAGAGGCAGAAUUUAUAGUAGUCUGUGAUGUACAAAAAGAGAAUAAACAAAUUAUACAAGAAUUAAAUGACGCUCAGGUAAAUUUAAUACACGUGGCAGCGACGUGUAAAAAUGCUGCCGAUGAAAAAUUGAGACAAUCAAUCAGAAGGUUCGCAGAUAUUCACGGCAGUCCAGCGGCAAUUAUUUUAAUAUCGGGCGAUAUUAAUUUUGCUGCCGACCUGAGUGAUUUGAGGCAUAGGAAAAAAAUUCACGUUAUUCUUCUUCAUAAGGAAAACACAUCGGAGGCACUAAUUUUAUGUGCAAAUGAGCACUAUGAUUUUACUGAACUUAUGGAACCACUGCCCUCUAGAACUCCAAUCAAGGUUAGUGAAUCGUUUGACCUUCUCAUUAGUAAUCUUCCAGAGGAUAAAGACGUUACGGGAAUUAAACGUCGACUUAAGAGACUGUCUAACAAUUGUGGAGGACGAGUUGUCGAGGUCCAAUCAAAUGCUGCGAUUGUGCGCUUUUUUUCCAAAGAGUAUGCUGACAGGGCUCAAAAACGUAUGCAUGGAGAAUACGUGUUUGAUUCGAAAAUUUCUGUCAAAUUUUUGAAGGAAAAAGAUUCAUCAUCCGAGAAUAACAGUCGAGAGAACGCUUGUGUUAGGGAACAUACUUUGAGUGAAUCUGAAGCCGUAAAUUCACCUUUAGUACAAAUGUAUGGAGCAAAUUCGACGAUAGCGGGUGCUAGGAGUCUUCCUGUCACUCCCCAUUAUCAUUCGGGUUCUCCAAUUGUUGGAUCCUAUUCCGCUUGGAAUGGACUACAUUGCUCCUCAGUGAAUCCUCAAACCGGCUUUGUGGAUUCAGCGUCUUCUUUUAUUGGAAAAUGCUUUUCUUAUAAUGAAGGCACUUGCAACAGAUCGCAUUCGGAGCACUCGAGAGUUCAAUCACCCCAUGUUUGGCAAAUGACUGGAUCUCAACAGCUAAACAGAUUAUGGGAUGAUCACUAUAAAGAUAAAUCAAAGACUGUUGGUAAAAGAGUUCAUAUUUCACAAGUUGGUGAUAAUAUAAUUCCCGAGGGAAUAAGUCGCACAAACGAUGGACAUCGUAGAAUUAGAGGAACACACGGUUCUUUCGGACAACAUUCGGAAUUCUCUAGUCAAAGAUCUUCUUGGCCAGCACCGCCGAUUCACAAUGGAAAUCAUAACACUUUUUCUCAGUCAUUCAAAAGGCAAAGUCCGUUACCAAUGUUUUCCCAGUCGCAAAUACGUGACAUGAGCCACUGGAAUGGACAGCAUCAAAAUCCUCUGCGCACUGCAAGAGCUUCAUCACCGUAUGAUAUGAAUUCCGUUCAUUCAAUGAGUCAACAAAUGACUCGUAUGUCACCCUAUCAUCACAGUGAUGCUGAGAACGAAGAAGUUGAGAAUUUCUUUAAUCCAAUCAACAGUCGGAAUGGAAUGAAUUCAUCAAAUGGUACAUUCACACCAAUUGAAUUACAAGUUACAAAUCUCGAUCAGAAUAUCGAUCCAAAAGACAUGAAACGUAUUCUGUCGUCUAUUUUCAUGGAACACGUUAUGGUGCUUCAUGUUUCUGUAUUUAUGCAAUCGGAUGGAAAUUUCGCGGCGAGCGUUAAAGUCCCUUCGUUGCAUGAGGCACAAUAUGCAAUUUCGCAAUUGCAUCGACGUAAAAUAGGCUACAAACGGAUACUCAUUUCUUAUUCACAUACCGGCGGGCCGAAUCCUCAACUUAUACGUUCUCAGAUCGUUAUGCUUUUGCAGGAAGUGCCUGGACAUAAACUACCGCUUUUUAAAUUUCGCGAAAUGUAUGAGAGUCGUUUUAUGAUUUCAAUUAGUGUUUCGGAAAUUUAUAAACUUAAGGACGUAUGCAUCAUUACUGAAGAUCCUGGAGGUAGAAUGGUGUCUUUGCAUCCAGAUCAUAGAAGCACGCCAUCCCCUUGCUUCGGAAGUUCCUCUUCCGAUGGUCAAUUAUUGGAAUUUCCAUUUUGCACUCUACACACGCAAAAACCAUGUUUCGAUAAAGGAUGGGCUGAACAAGAAUUAGCAUCACUACCAAACGUGCAAAUAUCGUUGAAAAUUCUUUCGAUUCGUGUUAAUCAAAUGCUGUCAACGCACAAUGGAAGUUUACCAUUACCAAGCUUUCCCACUUGUUACGAGGCGGAAUUUAAAGAAUCAUUGCUUGUCGAUGAGAACGGAGUUCCCUUAGAGCAUUUAGUGUCUUGUCUUUCGACCGUCGAAUUGAAACAAGGUGUUGGUAGUGUCAAGCACUUGAUAUGGACCGGAAACAGAGCACACGAUGAAAGUCACGAAGAAAAUAAGUGCGUCAGUCCACCUUUAGCAAAUCAAUUGGCUCUAUUUAGUCGUGAAUUAGUAGAUCUCCUGAAAACUGCACCACAUUGUCAAUUGUCAUUCAAUAGAUUUAUUCCAGCUUAUCAUCAUCAUUUCGGUAGACAAUGCCGAGUCGCGGAUUAUGGAUUUACGAAAUUAAUUGAAUUGUUGGAAGGUCUGACACACACAGUUCAGGUGAUGGGAGAAGGAAACAAGCGCGUUGUGACUCUUUCACACAGAGCUCAAGUUCGUCGUUUCACUUCCGAUUUGCUGCGGGUCCUUAAAGCUCAAGCCAGCAAACAAGUGACUCUCUCUGAAUUUCCAAGUGUUUACGCCAGGGUCUUAGGCAAACCAUGGGAUGUUGUGGAUUAUGGCGUAUGUGACAUUGAAGAUAUUCUUGGAGAAGUUUCCGAAAAUACAGUCGUCGUCACGAAUUUCAACGAAGACGAUCAACUGAUCGCUAUUCCUAAACGAGAACAAACACCUGAGGAAAUUGAACGAACAAAGCAAUUCGCUGUCGAGGUUGUUGAGCUCUUACGUCAUGCACCUCAAUGUCGAAUGCUGUUCAAUAAAUUCGUGCCAUCGUAUCAUCAUCACUUUGGUCAUCAGUGUCGUGUGUCUGAUUAUGGUUUCACAAAGUUAAUUGAACUUUUUGAAUCGAUACCCGACGUUGUUAACAUCGAAGACGUAAGCGGUGGCGAACGACGAAUAUCAUUAACGGAAAAGGAAAGUCUUCUUGUUCUCGAUGAGCAAAUUUCCAAAUUAAUUGCUCACUCCAAUGGAAGUCUCAAUGUUUCCAAUGUUCCACAAGCAUUCCUUCAACUUUACGGCUAUGCUCUACGUCCCGAAUUAUUCAACUGCAAUUCCAUCUUGCAACUCAUGGAGAAAAUUGAUAACACCGUACAGGUUAUUCAUACGGAAACAGGAGCCGUCGUUAUUUCACUGAAUAAAUCGCAUUUACAACAAUUGGCAUUGCAGUGUCGUCGAGUACUGAUUGAUCAAAUAAAUUAUUCCAUGCCGGUGAAAAAGUUUCAAUUGCUGUAUUCGCAAUUUUAUCAUCGUAAUUGCGAUUUGGAGGAAAUAAAGAAAGAACUCACCAACGUUGUUCAAUUUAUCAAUUUGAAUGAUAAUCAGCAUAUUGAACUCACAUCGAUACAAUGUUUCGCCUGCAAUGUCUAUCGUGUUUUAAUGAAUUACGGUGGCUCUUUGGGCAUAACACAAUUCGAAAGCGCUUACUUGAACACAAUAGGCUCGGCUUGCAGAGCUGCACAAUUUGGAUAUCCAACUCUAACGGCUCUCCUUCAAUCUCUGUCUUGUACGGUGAUUCUGAAGGAAAAUCGAAAUAAAAAGAAGAUCGUUCAUCUCAAUAAGAAACUUGCCUCUGUCGGUUUUCCACUACCGUCGACAUUUUCAACAUCGAAUCAAGAAUCAGAAUCGGGAAUUGAUUCAUUUGAAAUGGAUUCAUCGACACGUCUGAAUGUUUCGAGUGCUUCGAGUAAACACGAGGAGCAAUCAAACUGGACAUGUGAAAGUGGCAACAGUUCAUGGAAGCAAAAGAGUGACGUUACGAAUUGGCCAAAGAAAAACACAUCACCCUGGUCGGCAAUGUCAUUGAAUGACAAUCUCAAUCAUCAAUGGCCAUCAAUGCAAAGUCGCGGCGACACAUUCUUAAAAAGUCUCAUGCGAACACCAGUUUUGAGUAAUGAAUUUCCACCGCCUCCACCUGAACCUGAGAAUAUCGAACUCCAUGAAGAUGAUGAUGACGAUAAGGACAAAUCAUGGAAAUUUUCCAUUUGGUCCUCACCGCCAAAUUACUCAUUUAGACGAAAUGAGCAGUUUACAAACUUUGAGGUGCCUUCGAUACCGCUUUCGACUUGGGAUGAAAUAUCGGGAAAUGACGAGGCUUCUGAUCUUUUAUCGCCAACGAAAAAUUUACUAUCAGCUUCGGCAAAUCCUCUAAAUCCAAAUAUUUCGCCGUUUUAUUCAACAAAUCAAAAUGUCAUUAUUGCUCCUCAUCCAUCGGCACUGCCACGUCCUUCUGUUUCACUCACGACGAAAAAAGAUGAUUUAGAUAAUAUGAGUCCCACUAGUUCAAUGAGUGGUGGCUUAUUUGAACAUGAGACUGCAGACAGAGUUGACACAACUCCUACUAAACGCUCAUUUUCUGGAAAACGUCGUUUGGCAGCACAAUUCGAUCAGCCAAUUGAUCCCUGAAACAAGUUCUCGGCAACGAAUCUUUAAAAAAAAAAAAAAACGAAAGACCAAAAUGAAAUUGAGGCCCAAUUUAAAAAAAAAAAAGAAACUAGUCCCAAUCACGAAUUUUAUCAUCGCGUAGAAAUAAAUUAAAUUAUAAUAUCAACGAUAGAUCGUGAUAAAAAGAUCGUUUAUCGAAUACCUACAAAGAAUGUUAAAACAUUUAAAUAGGUAUUUUUUGCCCCCGCUAAUAUUAAAAAUAGCGUCAAUUAAAAUUUCAAAAAAACGAGUGAAAUUUUUUCACGAUCUUGAUAUUAUAAUACAUCGAAUUAUAAAAAUGAGAAAUGCUCGAAAUGGCAUUAUUUUAAAUCGUGUGAAUUCGAUGAUUCCCAUAUUUAGGAUUGUACAGCAAUGUCCAAACUGUGAUAAACAAAAUAUGGAGCAUAAUAAUCAAUUAUCAUUUGUCUCAAAUGACAAUUUUUUAAUGAAAACAAAGUAAUUCACGAUCGAUCUAAAAGAAAAAUCACCAAUUCACAAACUUUAGAUUCGAAUAACCGAUCACACAAAAGAGUAGGAAAAAAAAAAUUUUAGUGUACAGAUUUUUUUUUUAGAAAAAUGAAAUUUAUUAAUUCGAAUCGUUUUUUUUGAUUAUCUAGAUUUCUAUAUUAUGAAAAUCGGGUCCGAAAAAGUUGCGUUCACUGUGAAAUUAUUGUUCGCGACUUAAAGCAAUUUUUUUGCAUACUUAAUAUAAGUAUUAUCAGUGUCGACUAAGAUAGGAAAAUCUCUUUUUUCUCACUUUUCUCUCUCUUUCUCUCUCCUCCUCAUCUAAAGCGUGAAGUUUGAAUUUUUCUAUUAUUAUUAUUAUUUUCAAUUUCGAAAAAAAGAAGCAAACUAGGCAAAAUUUUUAAAAUGAAAAAAAAGAAAGAUUGAGAUUGAAAAUUUUUUUUUUUCGGGCAAAAAUUUGUUUUUACUAUGAGAAACGUAUUUAAUGUUUAUAACGUUUAAGCUAUUGUGUUAUACAGAAUUUGGCAUAAAUAAGGACCAUAUUUUUUAUUUAUAAUUCGAAAAAAAAUUGUUUUCUUUUUCUAUAAAAAAAAAGUCCUGGUUUUUUUUAGCAAGAAAGGACAAAGAAAAUUGCGUAUAAAUCACGUUUCUAUUAAGAUUUAUCGUUUUUAAAUUAUCGAUUCGAAAUUUGCGCAGAUAAAAUAAAUAAUAAUUUCUAUUUAUGCGCUAGAAAUUAGUUUGCUUUCAUAAUAUAUAUAUAAAUAUGCUCAAAAUAAUUGCGCGACGAGAUACAUGUCUGAAAUCUCCGAAUGAUCUCAAAUGAUUUUAUUUGUACUUGUGAAUAAUUUUUUUUUAAGUAAAAACAAAAAGAAGUCGUAUAUUUAAUGUUUCAAAAUCGUGAAUGCGACAUUGUAAAUACAAAAAAAAGGAACUUGAUGAUCGUGUUUCAAAAUGGCUACAUUGCAUAUAAUUGUAUAUAAAAAAAAACGUAACAAAAAAAAAAAAUAAGAAACGAAAUCUCUCAACUAAUUACAAAGCUAAAAAUGGCAUUUAGUGCGGAAAUUCGUCUUUCUGCCAUUAGAAACAAUGGUUUGCCGGUUCGAUGAUCUCGUAUCGGUAUCAUCGAGUUACAAAGAAAUUUUCUUUGUUUAAAAUUCCCCACCCCCUGCCCUUUAUAGAUAUUCAAUUUUGUUAAUUUAUUUUUUAAUACAUAGCAUUUUUGUUAUUAAGUAUAUUAUUAAUAUUAUUUUAUUAUUAUAUUAUUAUCUUUAUUAUUACGUAUUUAUUGUGCUCUCUUCAUUUUUUGAUAGGUUUUUUUUAAGUUUAACGGAGUAUACGUAAAUGUCUCAUAAGUCGCGAUUUUUCACGAUUAAAUUAUUCCAUCUCACAACGCAAUUCUUCUGUGUAUUAGUACGCUAAUUUUUUUAGGACUAUCAUUUUUUUGCCCAAAUAUAAAGGUGCCCGUGUUUCUUUUUAUACAAUUUUUUUUUCUUUUUAUUUAUUGUCUACACAUUCCAUUAAUUGUCGACAAUUUUAAGUAUCUCCUUUCUCCCCUAUACCCACUUAUUUUUCUUGGCACUAAAAAAAAAAAUGAAACUUUUUAUUCAAUUUUUUUCAAAUCUACAUCUGAGAUGAUUUGAAUUUAAUUUAUAUGGAAAAAGAACUGUAAAAAGAAAACGAUAUAUUUAUAUAUAUAUUUAAAUGAAAGUAUUUAUCAAUCUCGGUCUUUCGUAUUAUACUCUGCGUUAUUUUAUUUUUAUAACACCCCCCCAAAAAAACCCGCCCUAUAUUUGAAGAUAAUUAAAAAGAAAAUUUAUCGUGUAAAGUGUAAGGAAUCAAUAGGAUUCUAAAGAAAACUGUAUUUAAUUAUUUGAUAUUUGCGUACAAUAGGUUGUAGAUAUUUUUAUAUAUUGUACUAUGAAACGUGAAGCAAAUAACGAGAAUGAAUUUGAAAAAGAAAAAAAAUGAAAACAUUCUUUUUUUGCAAAACAA